AUGGAUUAUGAUAAAUUGUAUUUGAGAAUAAAAAAGUAUCCUUAAAAAUGGGGAUUGUAAGAAGUAGAAACUUGGUUAGCUAUUGCUGAAUUAUAAGAAUUUUAAUUCAAAUUUAUUUCCAAUUAAAUAGAUGGUCCUCUCUUAGUUACUCUUGAAGAAAGUGAUCUAAUUGAAAUAGGAAUUGAUGAAAAAUCUGAAAAAUUCUCAAAUUUACUUCAAUGUAGAAAUUAAAUAAUAUGUAGGGAUUAAAUAAGGUCUAAAAGAUUAUUCAUAUUUUCUAAAAGAUAAACUAUAUUAAGAGUAUAUUAUUUAGGGAACAAUUGAAGAUGAUCUGAGCAUAACAAAAAAUUAACGUUCUUCAUUGAUAGCAUCAUAUAAUUAUGAGAAAACUAUUUAAAAGGUUGUUACUUUCUAUUAGGAAGAAGGUGAAAAGAAUGAAGUAUAACAAUAUUAAUAAGUGAAUUAAAAAUAUGAAUAAAAUCUAAAUAAUGGAUUGAUAUUGAUCUUAUAUUAAGAACCUCCAAAAUAAUAUCAUUUUUUAAAUUAAGAAAUAAGUAUAGGAAGAAAUUAUGAUAAUACGAUAGUUUUAUGUGAAGACUACAUUAGUAGAUAACAUUGUUAAAUAACAUGGAAUUCCAAUAAUUAAAAUUUUUAUUUAUAAGAUUUGGGUUCUACUUCUGGGACUUAUAUUUUAUUAAUUAAUCCAACUUUGUUAUAAGAAUAAUUUAUAAUAUAAAUGGGAUCUGCCUAAUAUAGAAUAGAGAAAUUAGAUAUCUAAGGGAUUAAAUGUUCAGUAUAGAUGAAGAUUGUUGAAGGCAAUAGAUUAGGAUUUACUUUUUGUUUUGAAUUAAUAAAAAAUUAGUCUAAUUUAAUUUUUGGGAGAAAUUAAUAAUUAUUUGCUAUGGAUCCUGUAAUUAUUUGAGUUUCACAUAGAUAGAAUUUGAGUAAUAUACAUGCAUAAUUUCAAUAUAUUGAUGAUGGAUUAGUAAUAGAAGAUUAAGGAAGUAGAAAUGGUACAUGGUUAAGAUUGAGUGUUCCUUAAUAAGUUAGUGAACCAAUAAAAUUAAUUAAUGGAAGAAAAUUUAGAUUAGCAUAUGAGAAGGUUUUUGAAUGUAUUGUUAAUUAAAGUUGA